AUGAUGCUCGUCUUGCUGGCCGCCCUGACGAUUGUUGGUGGAUGGUGCUUUUUGCAUAUUGAGAGGCCGGCUGAGCAGCAGACAGCCUACCAUGCCCUCCUUGAGGCGGAAGAUCGAUAUACCAAAUCCGUAUACUUCAAGGUCGAAGACCCCGACGCGAAUUACGCGUGGAGAUGGUAUUCGGCUGCGGUCUUCUACUGCACUAACGCGUUUAUGACGGUGGAUUACGGUACCGUACCCGCCGUGACGGAUCUCGGUCGUUUUAUGACGAUCUGCUACACGCUAAUCUCCAUCCCGCUGGCCGUCGUGGUUACUCGUGACCUCGGCCAGGCAAUUCUCUACCAGAUCACGAAGAUGUACAGCUACUGCGCCCGACUAGGAACUCGGACAAACGACGAAUCAGACGGGGUAUCUAUUAGCAUCACGAUGGCCGUCGUUUUGAUGUUUGUGUCCUGGUUCUCGUGCGCUGCCUUCACUUACUGGUACGACGGUCUGUUCGGACCGAAUGGUAUCACGUAUUGGGGUGCCGUAUACCUCUCAUACCUCACUGUCACAACGAUUGGAAUGGGAGAGUUGAUGCCAACGUAUACUUAUCGCGAUCCCGCCUGGAAAUUCGUCCAUUUCUACGUUGGCAUGCCGUUCAGGAUCGUCAACCGCUGCACUUUCGUCGGAAUCGAGAAAAGCGUCUUCGGCGCGUUCAAGGGCUUCGAGCAGCGCACCGAAGCGCUCUUCCAAAACCACGUUGCUGAAAGGCGGGAUUCGAGCUCAACCCCCUCCGAGGCGGGCCCCGGUUCACCAACGAUCGACGUUUUCGGAGGAGAUUUCGGUCGUGUCCGCAUCGCUGUAAAGCAACUUGAA